AAAAUAAUUGUAGAAGAAAGCGGACGUUUCUGAAACUGGAGACUAAUUUUAAAAUAAAACCAACUUUAAAACAAUAAAGUCAACUAUUAAUUUUUCUUAAAACUAAAUUCAACGCUGUCUCUGUUAAAAUGGUUAGAUAUGUAGUAUAUGACUGCGACGUUGGCAACGACGAUGCCUGGGGUCUGAUGAUGCUAAUAAAAGCUGAAGAAACAUAUAAAAGACGUGCAGAUUUAGUGAAUUCCGCGUCGAAAUUUGAAAUUAUCGGCGUUACAUGCGUGCAGGGCAACACUACAGUAGAUUGCGCUGUUGUAAAUACACUGCGGGUGCUGGAUAUAGUCAAUAGAAAUGACAUACCAGUCUAUAAAGGCUGCUGUAAUCUUAUUAAGCCACGUUCGUGGGAGAAUCCCAAGUAUUUUGUUGGUAAAGAUGGUUUUGGUGAUUUAGAGCAUGAGAAGCAAGUUGAUUUGAGUCUCGUGCAGCCACAGCAUGCUGUUAAUGCAAUGUAUGAUUUUGUUUGUAAGCAUCCUAGAAUGGUUGACUUCAUAUUAGUAGGUCCGCUAACCAAUUUUGCAAUGUGCAUUAUCAUGUAUGGCGCAAAGUUUUUGGAUAAUGUAGGUGAAGUUUAUAUAAUGGGCGGCAAUUAUCGUGGCAAAGGUAAUACCACCAAAAGUGCGGAGUUCAAUUUUAUGAUGGAUCCAGAAGCUGCACAUAUCGUUUUGGAUAAUGUUAAAACGCCCGUAACCAUAUUACCCUGGGAAACUUGCGAUGAUCAGGCGUUUCGCAUAACACUUGACUGGCGCCUAAACGUGCUUGGCGCUACUGACAGUCCUUUUGUCCAGUUGCUCAAUCGCGUGGAAAGUGCUUUGUUGCUGCCGAGAGGUGUCAAGCGUUGGUUAGUUUGUGACGCAUUGGCUGUUGCUGCUUACCUAUUUCCACAUUUGGUGGUGAAGGAUAACCAGCUGCAGCACGCUGCCGUCGAAUUGGCUGGCACGCAUACACGUGGUCAAAUGGUUAUAGAUCACUUGCAUCGAGAGAAGAAGAAUGCAAACAUUAUUACAGAAAUCGAUAUUGAACACUAUCACAAGAUCAUUGCUUGGACUGGUGGAUUGAGAGGCGUACAUGUGGAAAGUGAACUGGGGAAAGCUCAAUAAAUAUGUUUAGUUUUGCGUUGAAUUUGUUGUGGAAAAAUAUUAAUUUUUGCCAAAUAAAAACAUUAAUUACGAUUUCGACUUCACGAAAGGUA